AUGGAUGGAAAGAAUAUGCUUGACGAAGGGUUUGAUCCAAGCUCAUUGAAGGUAGCAGAAUUGCGAAAGAUCCUUAAUGAAAAUGGGGUUUCCGUUUCAUCUGGUUCUAAGAAAGCGGAUUUAAUUGAGUUAUUCCAGACCAACAUUGGCUCUGGUAAGGGCUUGUCUUCGAGUGGCGGAAAGGAAAAGUCUGAGAAGAUUAAGGUGAAAAAGACCAAAUCUGAAUCUGUAGAUGGUUCACGUGAUGGUACCUCUGAAGCUGAAGAAUUGAAGAAGAAGAAGAAGAAGAAGAAAACGAAGAAGUCAGAAGACUCCGAUAGAACAACUUCUUCAAAAAUUACUAAGAAGUCAAAAGAUGGGGCAAAGGAUAAAAAGGUGACUAAAGUGAAGGAUACAAGUGUUCUUGAGACGUUGGCUGUUCCUAAGAUUUCUCCAAAGCCCAAGAAGAGUCAUGAUUCGGAUAACGAAAGCUCUGCUGAAAAUAGCGUUGUUCGAUCUACAUCUAAGAGUCCAAAGUCAGCUGAUAAACCAUUCCGUAAAAGACCAUUGUCAGAUUCUGAGAGUCCAAGUGUUAAGAAGGCAAAGAAACAAACAAAAUCCAUAUUCGAUGAUUCGGAUGAUAGUUUAGAGGAUCUGGAAGUGUUAACUCCAGCAAAAAGAGAUCAUAAAGUCAAGGAAUCUCCCAAGGUGGAAACACCACCAAAUGCAAAGUCUCCCAAAUCUUUGAGGUCUCCCAAGUCUUCUAAGCCCGUGCCAGAGGUGAUCAGCCCUCCGAUUAAAUCUGAAGAAUUGGAUAAGCAAAGUACUCCUAAACCAGUAAAGACACCAGUCUUGCCAUCUUCAAACAAGGACUCCAGCUUUAUAGAUAAUUUAUUGAAAGAUGAAUCGGAAGAACUUGAGGAGUUUGAUAAUAUGGAAGAUGAAGUGAAUGAUUUUGAUGCCAAUUUGAGACGUAUCAAAGGAGAGCCUGAAGUUAUGCAACCACAACUGGAGUCUGAACCUGAACCAGCUCCUUCUCUUAUAAGAUCACCACUCAGGAAGUUAGAUACUGUCCAAUUGGGUUCGCAAUUGGGAGUAACAAUGAUGACAUCCUUCGGUACCACACAAAUGGCACCUCCAGUUGGAUUUGAGGAACCAGAACCAGAACCAGAAGAACUUGAAGUUGAAGAAGAGCAUACUUUUGUUUCCUCUGAAUUCAAUUCAGCUGGCGUGGAAAGUUUGAUUCCUAAGGUCGCGAUAAUUAAGCGUGAGACCCAAGUGCCUGAAAUUGAAAAGAGUGAAAGCCCUGAACCUUCACGAUUUGAAAAUGCCGAGAAGGAGGAAGAUAAAGACGAUAAACUAGAUAGUGAGAAAGAAAAUGAGAAACAGGAGGAAGAAGAUAUUACUGAAGAGGCCAACAAAUCUAUUGAUGUAUUUGAUAAAGUUGAGGCUGAAAUGAUUGAGGAAAUUCACCACAUUAUGCCCACAAACUUAAAAUCAGUCCGAUCUUUUUCGGUUUUACAGACUUUAUUCUAUCUUGGGUUAUGGGUUAUAAUGAUGUCAUCUGCUUUAUUUGGGUAUUGGUAUAGAGAGCAAAUGUUUUUGGUUGGCUAUUGUGGUUAUGAAAUUGAUCAACGAACAGUAUCAGACGAUACAUAUCCUUGGUUACAAGCAGUUGGAGAUUAUUUUGACGCUCAUUAUAAGCCUGAAUGUGUUUCAUGUCCUGCUCACGCCAGAUGUUUCAAUCUUUUGGAGUUAGGCUGUUAUGAAGAUUUUAUUCAACAUUCACCUUGGUAUGACUUUUUGAUUCCUACUGAGAGAAAAUGUAUUCCUGAUACAAAGAAGGCUGAGAAGUUGGAGCUCAUGAUUGACAUGGCAUUAGAUUUGUUGAGAAGCAAGAAUGCCGAUAAUAAUUGUGGAAAGACUUCUGCUGAUGAAUUUGAAGCGGGAAUAUCUGUUAAGGAGUUACAUGAUAUUUUAUUAUCGAUCAAAGCACCCUAUAUUACUAUUGAGGAAUUUGAUGAUUUAUGGAAUCGGUCUCUAAUUGAAUUAGAGAAAGAACCAGAAAUAAUUGUAAGGCAAGUUACCGAUUUUUGA